CUUACAAAUUUCUUCUGAAACUUAAAAACAGGAAGGUUGCCAACCAGUCAAAAAUCUUCCAUAGAUCCACAAUGUUGCUUCGUGGAUUGAGUCUUUGGACCUUAUUUUUGGCUUCGUGCCUUAAUACAUUUGCGUUUCCCGCAAACGAAGAGCCCUCUGUUGCUUUUGCACAAAAGCGGAAGAGUAGCGGCAGCAAGGAACCCAGUUACGCUCCUUUCUAUGCUGAUUGCCCUUCCCAAAACAUCAUUGAGUCUCUUUCCAAUGGUAGCAUUCCUCAAGCUGAGUCUCAGUAUAUGAGCACCCGUUCAUCCAUCACCAACACUGCCUUGAAGGAUUUCCUUAAGAAUGCCCAACUACCUAAUAUGGCUGCCGAUAACCUUUCCGGGCAAAAUGGACCUUCUAUUGGUAUUGCUUUGUCCGGAGGUGGUUUCCGUGCCAUGCUUUUGGAUGGUGGUGCUGUCGCUGCUAUGGACGCUCGCCAUAACAAUCAUACUGUUUUCUCUGGUCUUCUUCAAGCCUCUGAUUACAUCGUUGGCACCGACGGUGGUGCCUGGACUCUUGGUUCUAUGGCUGUUAACAACUUCUCUGCUGUCGAUGAUCUCCAAAAUAGUGUCUGGCAAUUGGCUAAACCCGUCAUGUACCCUAAGAGUGCUAUUGUCUUCAAUGCCAACUUUUACAAGUCCCUAAUGAACCAAGUUAAGGCCAAGCAAGAUGCCGGCUUCAACGUCUCGCUCUCUGACUACUGGGGUCGUGUUUUGGGUCGUCCUUUUGGUGACACUACUUAUGGUUUCGCCAAUGUCUCCUUCUCUAGCAUUGCUGACCAAGAUUGGUAUAGAAAUGGAGACUUCCCCUAUCCCAUCAUCACUUUUGCUACCAACCAGGACUAUUCUAAUCAAAUUGAUAACCUCAAUACGAUUAUGUUGGAAGCUUCUCCUGACGUCUUUGGUACUUUUGAUGCUGGUAUUGAUGCAUUUAUCCCUACUGAGUACUUGGGUACAACCUUGGAUAAUGGCUCUAGUGCUAAUGGUUCUUGUGUCGUGAACUACGACAAUUUCGGUUUCAUGAUGGCCCUUACUUCCACCUAUUUCAACACUCAAAUGCGCAACUUUAACGACUCCAGUACCAAGAAUGGUCGUAUUAUUCAAGAAUUCUUGAAGAAUAACUUUUCCGAGCAUGGUGAACAAGUUGCACCCAUUCCCAACCCCUUCCGUGGUGUUUCUAGUGCUCGUACCAGCCUUGCCAACAACUUGGGUGAUGAUGAUAACUUGAACAUUGUGGAUACUUCCUUAACCGGAGAAAACCUUCCCUUGUGGCCUUUGUUGCAAAAGGGUCGUGAUGUCGACGUCAUCUUUGCUGUUGACAACAGCGCUGACUCUGAAUACGUUUGGCCCAACGGUAACUCUCUAGUUAAGACUUAUGAGCGUGUUUUGGAUGCUGAAAAGAAGGGCAACGCCAACGUUAAGGGUUUCCCUUAUGUUCCCAGCACUCAAUCUUUUGUAAGCCUUCAUUACAAUGACCGCCCCGUCUUCUUUGGCUGUAACGGUCGUAACACUACUGCUGGUGACCGUCCUGUCACUCGUGAUACUCCUCCUCUGAUUAUCUACCUUCCUAAUGUUCCUUGGAAUUACUAUACAAAUAUUUCCACUGACCGUACUUACUAUACCGAGGACCAACAAAACAACCUUGUUUUGAAUGGUUUGAUUUCUUCUACCAUGGACAAUGAAACCUACUUUGGUCAGUGUGUUGCUUGUGCUGUUGUCAAGCGUACCUUGGAACGUCAAAACAUUACUGCUAGCCCUGCAUGCGAGCAAUGUUAUAAUGACUACUGCUGGAGUGGUAUCUAUGAUGACACCUCUGCCAACGAUGAUCUCGUCUAUGACCCUACUCCUCGUUUGUAAGCGCACUUGGUGAGAUUUUUGGGAUAGGAUUUAUCUAUAUAAUUAUAGGUAAAACACAAAGUAUGUGUUUCAAAGCACUCUGUAUCUAUUACUUUUUAAAAAUGGAUGCAUUAUUUGUAACGGCAAGUAAUGUUUGUCGUUACUAGGAAGCUUAUGGUUCAAUGUUCGAAAUUGUGAAUCGCUCAUUUGAUCGGAGAAGCAUUCUCUUUUAUUUAAAAUUUUAAUAGUUAUCUCAUAUGAGGACGAAGGUAUGGCGAGAGCUUUUGUCAAUUUGCAGACUUUCAUUUUUUUUAGUUGUUUUUACUCGUCUUCCGUUGAUAAAAGUUGAUUGUCUUCUAAGGGCUCAAUUUCUGUAUGGAAGUUCGUGACAAGUUUAUGUUUAUAGAUAGGUUAAAACUCGUUUGUUUUUUUUUUUUAAAUAUAAAAGAAUAAAAUGAAGCAAAUGUAAUGUAUAUAUGUAAUUUGAAUGGAAAGAA